AUGUUGGAACUGGAAGUGGAGAUACCCGCACGGUGCUCCGAAUGUCAACGUGAAGAAGUUCAAGCAAGCACGGUCAUGGAUGCCAGUACAAGCUCUGCACCACGGCGUGUUUUAAAAACUACCAGCGAUGAGGAUAGGCAACGCAUCAUAACGGCAUAUGAAAGUGGUGCAACACCAGCAUCAAUAGGCAAUAUGCUAAACAUAAACAAGAGCACCGUGUACGGGAUCAUCAAGCGAUAUAAGGACACCUGGCAAAUUGAAUCGAAAAAGCGCGGCGGUCAUCGUGCUAAAUCGUUGUCGAGUGAAGCCGUGGACAGUAUUCGAGUCUGGAUCGACGAAGAUUGUACUCUCACUCUGAAAGCGCUGGCCGAGAAAGUGUUCCAGCAAUACGGCGUACGCGUGGCCGCUUCAACCAUUGCCAAGGAAGUGAAGGAAUUCAAUUAUUCGUUCAAAAUGAUUCAAAGGGUGCCAGAACGUCGUAACACAGCCGCAACUAUCGAGGAGCGAACAGCAUAUGCCGCCAGAUUCUACGAUAUUGCUCGUGAGGUUCCUGUAAAUGGGCUGGUUUAUUUGGACGAAGUUGGAUUCAACGUGAGUAUGCGGACAUCCAAAGCGUUGCCUAUCCUCAUCGCUGGUAGUUUUUAA